AAAGUGCACAAAUAUCUCACACACACAUUGAGUGUGAAACGUAUAAAAAGCUGCGAGUAUCGAAAAUAAAACUAAAAUAAAAAAAUAAAUUUGUUUCUCUCUCCUCUCUCUCUCUCUCUCUCUAAAACCACCAAACCCCUCACAAUCAAACAACCUCCCUCUCACACAAUCACACACACACACACACACACACAACUGUAUCUCUUUGGGUGUGUAUAUAUUUAUAUAUAAUUAUAUACAAACAGUCGUACACACACACACAUAGAUAUAUAAUUUCACUUGGAUACUAAUCUCUGUGAAUUUCAUUAUAUAUUAACCAAUUUAUUGUACAACACAUAUAUAUAUAUAUAUACACAAAAUACUGUCUUAUAUAUUUCUGAGGAGAGAGAGUGUGUCUGUGUAUGGAGAGGUACAGUGGGACCCAGGCAUCGGAGGCGAUGCCGGUGGAUCCGGCGGCGGGAUGGGCUGCGGAGGGAGGGGAAACCGGGCUGGAAGAGCAUAUGUGGCAAUUGGGCCUUGGUGGUGGGCCCGAAUCAUACCCUGAGAGGCCCGAUGAGCCUGACUGUAUCUAUUACUUGAGAACUGGAUUCUGUGGGUAUGGCGAUCGGUGCCGGUUCAAUCAUCCACCUGAUCGCAGUGCUGCAAUGGGAGCUUUACGUACUAGUGGAGACGAGUACCCGGAACGCACCGGCCAACCUGUCUGUCAGUACUACAUGCGAACGGGAAUGUGUAAAUUCGGUUCUUCCUGCAAGUACCACCACCCGAAGAACGGAGUUGGAUCUCCAGCCCCAAUCCCUCUCAACUUUUAUGGAUAUCCACUGCGACCGGGAGAAAAAGAAUGCUCAUAUUACAUAAAAUCAGGGCAAUGCAAGUUUGGUGUGACCUGUAAAUUUCACCAUCCACAGCCCACCGGUAUUCAAGUGCCGCCGCCCCCUUCUGUUCCAGCAGCUAUGCCGACAACUGCUAUUUAUCCGAAUGUGCACUCUUCUCAACAAUAUGGACUAAUUACAGGCAAUUGGCCGGUUACUAGGCCUACAAUGCUCCCCGGUUCUUAUGUUCCCGGAAGUUACGGCUCUAUGCUAUUUCCUCCAGGAGUUGUUCCUAUUCCUGGCUGGACUCCUUAUCCGGCAAAUACUCAGCCCACAUUUGGUGCUGGCCCGAUUUACGGUAUGAAUCAGUUAUCUCCUUCAUCGACUGCCUACGCAGGUCAACCGUAUCUCCCCAUUACUUCUUCUUCGUCUUCUUAUGGUGGACCCUCGAGCAGCAGUGCAUUACCAGAAAGACAUGGUCAACCAGAGUGUCAGUAUUAUUUGAGGACUGGAGAUUGUAAGUUUGGUUCCACGUGUAAAUAUCAUCAUCCGCCAGAGUGGACUGCAUCGAAGACAAAUUUCAUACUUGGUCCUUCUGGUCUCCCUUUACGCCCAGGUGCACCUCUUUGCUCUCAUUAUGCACAAAGCGGAUUAUGCAGAUUCGGGGCUGCAUGCAAAUUCGAUCACCCAUUAAGAAGUCUGAUCAGUUACAGUCCAUCUGCAUCUUCUCUCACCGAUAUGCCCGUGGCUCCUUAUCCAGUGGGGUCCACAAACACAACCUUGGCCCCGUCAUCUUCUUCCUCGGACUUGAGGCCAGAGAAUAUUCUUUCGGGUUUGAGCAAAGAUUCCUUGUCAUCACAGAUGUCAUCAUCUACAAACAGUUCAAGUGCUUCAGUUGGUUCGACUUUCUCAAAAAGCGCCACUAAAUAAAAAAUGAUCGAAGUUUUGCCACAACUAACUGCGUUUGAGCAACUUUCUCAAAGCCAAAUUCAGUUUUUUUGUGGGCAGAAAUCCUAUAAUGCAUAGGAUAGGCCUUAUAAACGAGCAAAACUUCAGCCAAUCAGAUUAUCCUGUUCAUAUUGUCAUUAUAUGAAACAACCCCCCUUUUGAAUAAGUUAUACAUAUUAUAUACCCCGAAAGAAAGAUCUUGCAAAAAAACCCCAUUUUGCCCUCCUCUCAGCUACUCUUUGAAUAACAAGAACGAACCCAGUCCGAAAUUUUUUGAAGCUCGUUGUCUCUAUUUAUGCCGUCUUUUUUGGAACAAGAAAAAGUAAUGUUCCACCAUUCUCCACCUGGAUUUAACUUUAUUCACACCUCUGUUUUAUUCCCUUCAUUCGACUAGGAAAUGAAUAUGAUGGCCUUAUUCCUUUUUUUUUUGUUCGUAUCGGGGCUUUGUUUUGUGGAAAAGCAUCGGAACGUUACGGGAAAAAUUGUUUCUGCUUUUUUGUUGUAAGAUAUGUUUAAUUAUGUUGUCAAUGCUCAUAAAUACAUGGAAGGAAGGCUCCUUUUAUUUAUUCAAGUGUUGUUGGUCCUUGGUCA